AUGAGCGUCCGACACGAAAGCCACGAGCUCAAUAACUUGAGCACGGCCAAAACCGUAGCACCCAUGGUGUUCAGUAGUUCCAGGUCUACCGGCUUGGAUCGCGACGACCUAGAUCGCGAACAAUUAGCAAGAUUGGGAAAGAGAUCGGUCCUCAAGCGAAACUUUAGUUAUCUCUCAAUCUUGGGAUUUAGCUGUGCCGUCCUCGUGACUUGGGAAGGCAUACUCAUGAGCUUAGCGCCCGGUUUGGCAAACGGGGGCCCAGGUGGUCUUAUCUACGGCUUUACUUUCGUUUGGAUUGGUAAUCUUAGCGUUUUCUCUACCCUCUGCGAGCUUGUUUCCAUCGCUCCUACGUCUGGCGGCCAGUACCAUUGGGUGGCAAUGUUGGCUCCUCGGUCUUGCUCCAAGUUUCUGAGCUAUAUCACGGGAUGGUUGACUCUGGCCGGAUGGCAGGGCACGUGUGCUGCGUCUAGCUACCUCACUGGUACUAUGUUACAGGGUAUCAUUGUGUUUAUGGUACCUUCAUAUACCGCUCAAACAUGGCAGGGGACAUUGAUAGCCUGGCUGCUCAUCCUUAUCGCUAUCUUCGUCAACACCGUCGUCAGCUCUAUGCUCCCUAAGCUAGAGGGCAUGAUCUUGAUUCUGCAUAUUGUUGGCUUCUUUGCCGUUCUCAUUUCACUGGUUACUUUUGGCGCUAACGGGGAUGCCGAGCAUAUCUUCCUCGAAUUUCGCAACACUGGUGGUUGGUCUACUCAAGGUUUAUCUUGGUGUGUAGGGCUUCUGGGGAGCGUCUAUUCUUUCGUUGGUGUCGACUGCUCUUUCCACAUGUGUGAGGAAGUCAAGAACCCUUCUGUGGCUGUUCCCCGAUCUAUUAUGACCAGCAUCGUGAUUAAUGGUUCCAUGGGCUUAGCCAUAAUUAUCGCCAUGCUGUACGGUGCAACCGAUAUCGACAAGGCCAUCAGCUCUGCCACUGGAUACCCUUCCAUCGAGAUCGUCUACCAAGCUACAGGAUCUAUGGGCGGAACUGCCGCCAUCACCUCUUUUAUUAUCACCAUGAGUGUCUCUUGCCUUAUUGGCACUAUUGCCGCCACUUCCCGUGUAUUCUGGUCUUUCGCCCGAGACCACGGUCUGCCAUUUUGGCCAACUUUAUCCCAGGUCAAUUCCUGGACUGGCGUCCCCGUCUGGGCGAUUGGCAUUACAAGUAUCAUCUCCUGCCUUCUUGCCCUCAUAAAUAUUGGCUCUACAGCCGUCUACAACGCGAUUAUUUCAAUUGCCGUGUCGAGUCUUUACUCUUCCUACCUUAUGGCUGCCAGCCUUCUCCUUUAUCGCCGUGUCGGGAAAGGAUUCAAGCUUCCAGAUCCCAGCGCUUUCCCCGCUCUUGCCGAUACGGGCGCCGGUGAAGGCCAAACUUUGGCCUGGGGCCGAUGGCAUGUUCCUGGUGUUUUUGGGAUCGUUAACAAUACAUAUGCCUGUCUCUAUCUGGCUCUUAUCUGGUUCUUUAGCUUCUGGCCUCCUGCAGCAAACCCCAACGUAGCUAGCAUGAACUUUGCUGUCCUAAUAACCGGCUGUGUUUUCAUCUUUAGUGUUAUAUACUACUUGACUUGGGCUAGGCGGGAGUACAAGGGGCCUGUUGUUGAGAACUUGAGUGAAUAG